AUGAGCAAGCUUCUCGUUGUUUUCGGCGCCACUGGGCAGCAGGGAGGGUCUGUUGUGGAACACGUCCUUGGUGAUCCUGAACUCUCGAAAAUAUACCGUGUGCGUGCUGUGACACGCGAUCCGACUAAGCCCGCUGCCAAAGCUCUCCAGGCUAAGGGCGCCGAGGUCGUAAAGGGUGACGCCGAAGACCCGUCGUCACUCCUCCCUGCCCUAAAGGGAGCACAUACCGUCUUUGUUGUCACCCUCCAAGUGAUCCCAGAAAACGUGCCCAAAUUUCAAGAGUUUCUACAAGGCAAGGCCAUGGCUGAUGCCGCUGUUGCCGCCGGCGCUGAGUACCUGAUUUUCAGCACGCUGCCAAACGUAGCAGCAAUCUCGAGCCGAAAGAUCACCAACGUGGAACAUUUCGAUCUCAAAGCUGAGGUGGAGCUAUACAUACGCUCCCUGCCUAUCAAGAGCGCCUUUUACGUGCCCGGCUUUUUUAUGCAAAACUUUACAACUGUUUUCGUCCCACAGCCCGCCGGUGAUGGCUCCUUCGUCAUUGCGAACGCUGUCACCCCACAAACUCUGCUCCCGUUGAUCGAUACUGUCGCGGACACGGGCAAAUUUGUCGCCGCAAUCUUAGCAGCUCCGGAUGCCUUCGAGGGAAAAUAUGUCAGAUCUGCUGAAAGGCUAGUUUCAUUCGAAGAAGCCGUGAAGACAAUUAGUCAGGUGUCAGGGAAGAAGGUACAAUAUGCUCAAAUACCAGAAAGUACAUUGAGACAGUAUUUGCCUCCUGGAAUUGCAGACGAGAUAGUUGCGAUGUUUAUCUACUAUCAAGACUUUGGGUACUUUGGGCAGAAAACCAAAGACGUCGUCAAAGAGGCUGCCGAAGUUGCCCGUGGCAAGUUGACCACUUUUGAAGAGUUUGUGGAGAAGAAUCUACCGAAGUUUUUCCCUUCGGCGUAA